AAGCUACGGUCGCACUGAUUGCAUCUAACAAAAAGUAUCCAGUUUUUCACGGCAACAAAGAAUUUUAGGGGAAAGAAUUAAGACAAAUUAUCGCAAAGUACGGACAUUAAAAUGUCAUAAAAACACCGCAAUACAGCGGCGAGAAAUUAAAUUAGUGCAAACAUAAGAAAUCGAUUCGAACAACUAAAACGCAGUCCCAACAAAAGCCACCCACAUUUUCGUUGUAUAUGCUGUAAAGAAAUUCAGGAUAAUGGAGCAAACCUCCAGCAGCAACAUUGCCGCCGAGCAAGAGCUGGACUUGAACUGUGCCACAGCCACAGCCGCUUGCAGCAGCAGUGACAGCGUAACCGUAAAUGUCUCACACGAGUUCCAAACCAUGAAACCGGGUGCAGGCCAAAAGCUGCAGCAUCAACAACAGCAGCAGUUGGGCAAUGGACGCACUGAAUUGCCGCACAGCGAGCUGGUGAAGAUGCUCUACUACUUGGAGGGUGAACUGCAGGCACGAGACGUUUGCAUUGCCGCACUGCGCAACGAGCGUGUGAAGCAACUAAUUACACAAUUGCGGACGAAGCGAGUGCAGCCAAAUGAUCCUUAUGCAUCGCUAUUUCGCGAUAAGAUCGCCCUUAAUGGCAACUUAAUAUCUCGCGAGUCGUCCACACAGGCCGCUCAAGCCGAAAUGGAAGUGCGCCAGAUUAUCGAGCAGCAAAUGGAGCAACAGUAUCAGAUGGUCAGCAAGCAGCGUGGAACGCAUGUGCGCAUGGUAAACAUACUAACCGAAUCGCUGGAGAACAAUCAGCGAAUGUUGCAGCAACUGGAGGAGGAGAGGCGCAAGCAUGAGCACGACACUGCUCAAGGGGACGAUAUAACCUACGGGCUGGAAAUGGAGCGCACCAAGUUGCGACAGCAGUUGGAGGCUGAGCAUGCUCAGGUCGCGAACAUGGAGAAGGAUCUCAAGAAGCUGCAGGAGACGCUUGAGUACGAGCGCAACAGGCAGAAGCAAAUUGUGCUGCUGCUCAUUGCUGAGCGCAAAAAAAUCUUGAUGAAGUACAUUGAAGAGGGCAAGCGAUCGGAGGACUUGGCUCAAAUAUUGGCCGAGGAAAAGCAGCGAUCGGAUACCAUAGCGGAGGGCUUGGAGGAAGAAAGUAAAAAGUCGCUGCGUAUGGAAGAGGAGCUGGAGAAGCAAACACAGUCAAUGGAGCUGGAACGCAAAGCAUUAAUGGCCAAACUGGCCAAGGAAGAGCAGCGUGUCAAAGAGCUGGAGCAGGAGCUGAACACACUCCGUACCGAUCACGAAGCACUGAAGAAGCAGCAUCAACAGCAGCAAUCGGUGACAAGUGGCUCAGCUGUAGCAGCUGCCACGAAAACGCGCCAGUUUAGCGAUGAGGCAUGUGCCACGCCCGUGGUAAACAUUGCGAAAAUCGUGCAACCAACCGCCACAGUGAGCAGCAUGCCGGUGUCCGGUCCCCAGACGGGCAUCGCCCGAUCCAUAGUGCCAGGUCAGAACAUUCGCAGCGGCGCCGCAGUUGUCGGCAUCGCCACAGCGCCGACUGGCAUCGCCAGCCCAGUCCCUUCAUCUCUUGCUGCCGUAAACCAUAACAGCAGUGGCGCCGCCAACAAUAACAACAACAACGCCACUAUCACAGAUGGUGCUGUGGCAGCUAACAAUGUGGCAGCUCCCCCAUCGCCAUCGCCGGCCAAAAUGCAGCCAACGGCAACCAUACAACGUGCACCGGGCGGCAAGUAUGCAGCACUGGCAGCAGCCGCUGCUUUGGAUCAGACCUCAGCGCCACCGCAUCCACAUCCAGUGCCCAUUGCUGUGCCACCAGUCACCGUACCGCCGGCUGGGGCACGCGGCGCUCCGCCACCCAUACCGACCAAGCCAAUAGUACCGCCAAAGCGGGAGCCAUCGCUGUCGCGCUUGGGCUCUAUUACAAGUGGCAGUGUGGCUGCUACGGCAGCUAUUGCCGCAGCAGCGGCGGCAGCCACGGCUGCAGUGGCGGCCAGUGCAACCACAACAACAACGGCGUCCACGACGAGCGUGGCAGCGGCAACAGCGACUGCUGCGACCACGGCAAAGCAUAAUUAGGCAACUUCUAAACAUCUUUCGACUUAUAUACGCGAAUUAUAUACCAUAUUCUACCAUAUAGCACAUACAUGUAUAUGUAGAAAGCUAAAGCGAGAAUACUCAAUCAAGACCGAACAUAGCUCCAAAUUCUAAUUGGCCGUAAUACUUCUUAGGAGAGUGUCCCUCAACUCUCACUCUGCGUUUUCGAUCGUCUUAUUAUGCCAAAACUCGGAUAGUUGCUACAUUUUCUACCCACACACGCAGCGUACUCACACACACUUAAGUUCUCCUCGAGUUGAGGCAAAUUGACUUUAAAAGUUUUGCCUAACAUUUGGAUUGUUUACGUUAGAUUUUUUUUUUAUGGAUUAUCAAAUCAAAUUAUGUGCUUUAGUUUUGAAAAGUAUCGUCAUCGCUUAGCUGAGCCCAUACUUCCCUGUGUAGUUGCGUGUUCCCUAUGUAGUCUUUAGGAAAUAACAUUUGUACAAGGCCGUGCGAUUCUCAUAAUGAUAAAAGUAAAAGAACAUUUAGUAAUAAUAUUAAUGCCCAUAUCUAUAUAUAUGUAUGUAUAUCUCGUGUAUUACUAAUCCAUUGUGCUCUGUGCGUUGUUUGUUAGUUCUUAGAUGCAUGUUCAUCAUAAAACUCUGUGCAGCUAAUUUACCAUACUACUCGUAGUAUCUACUUAAACUAUCUGAAUAUGCUUUUACCUAUAGUACAUUUUAGGUUUUAAUUUUUAAUUUUGUUCUAAGUUUUGGCUUAAGCAUUUUAUAAUUUGCCUUAAAACACACACAAACAAAAAUGAUCCUAUAGAUUAAUAUGUUAAAUUCCAAAAACAAAACUAAAAUUCCCCUGUCCUAAAAUAUGUUACAACCAAUUGCUACAAUUUUUGAAAAUGAAUUGCAUUGUGGGCAAAACAAAAACAGAGUGCGACAGAAUUUCUUUU